AUGUCCACCACCACCGCGACACUGACAAACCCCUCCCCCGCACAGGUGGCAGUAGCACCCAAUCCCGAGCUCUCGAACGAGAACAGUACAAUCAAGAACAUUCCCCCAGCUGCCACAGACAAAGUCUUCCAAGCCACCGCGCGCGGCAACCGCGCCGGAACCCUCAAGCCACGCGGCAUCCCGACCUUCAGCGAUCCCUAUGCCGAGCGCCAAUGGAUAAAGGAGCACAUGGCCGCGGCAUUCCGCGUCUUCGGGAAGCAGGGAUUCAACGAGGGGAUCAGUGGGCAUAUUUCUGUUCGCGACCCUGUGCUCAAAGACCACUUCUGGAUCAACCCAUUCGGGAAACACUUCUCUGCCAUGAAAGCGUCAGACCUUGUCCUCGUUGAUGCGGAAGGGUACGUGACUGAGGGAGGAGCGCAGCAAGCUAUCAAUGAAGCCGGGUUCAUGAUCCACUCGGAGAUUCAUAAGGCUCGUCCGGAUGUUAUGGCUGCGGCACAUACGCACGGGAUUUAUGGGAAGACGUGGAGUAUCUUUGGCAAGCCCAUUGAGAUGCUUACACAGGAUGCAUGCAACUUCUACGGCAAACUUGCUGUGUAUGAAGACCACGGUGGCGUCGCCCUAGCCCAGGACGAAGGACGGGCCAUUGCCAAAGCGUUGGGCAAGGAGAAUAUUGCUUGUAUCCUGCAGAACCAUGGCCUCCUAACAGUAGGCUCGACCGUGGACGAAGCCGCCUGGCUCUUCGUCAGUCUCGAUUCUGCCUGCCACGCGCAGCUGAUGGCGGAGGCUGCGGCGGCGAACGGCAUCCCGAAAAGGAUCAUUCCGGACGAAGUCGCACAAUAUACGGCUGAUGCGGCGCAGAAUGCGCAUUACUUUUAUCACGAAUUCCAGCCGGAGUUCGAUCUUGUCGUCGAGGAGAGUAACGGACGGGUUUUGCAGUGA